AUGAGCCACGACGAGGAGGAUGCACUGCUUAUCGCAGCGUUGAAAAAAUUCACAAACAUAGAUGGAGCGUGUGGGAGAAACAUGAUUCCUUUACCCUACGACAUGUUCCACGUUGCCGAUGCGACGCACCUUGAUGAUCUCUCCGCUCAAGAUCGCAUCGAUGAGAUUGCACCAUCACUAUCGCCACAGGAGCGCGCCGCCGUCGAAUCCUUCGUCCUGCUAUGCAGUGGGGCCACUCUUGCGACAACGAGCUUCCUCGAAUUCAUGCAUUGGUGGGCUCUGUGUGGCUACACCUACGCAGGCUGCAUAGACAUGCUUAUCACCUGGAAGUUCAAGGGUGGACAAUCGAGCUUCGCAAUCAAAUUCUUCCAGGAAGCACUUGCAACGAAGCGUCUCGCAUACGCUUUCAACAGCCCCGUGAACAAGAUUCAGGAUACGGGUCGAACAGUAAAAGUCACAACGCGGGAUGGCCGCCGGUACGAAGCAGCGCGACUCAUCUCAGCCAUGCCUCUGAACGUCUUGGGCGAAGUGACUUUCGAGCCGCCGCUUUGUACUGGGAAACGAGAGGCUAUUGCGACGGGUCAUGUUAAUCAAUGCGUCAAGGUUCACGCAGAGGUGUCGAACAAGGAUCUUCGAUCUUGGACAGGCGUUACAUAUCCGCACAACGAGCUCAUGUAUGCCAUUGGCGACGGAACAACACCUGCAGGAAAUACACACAUCGUCUGCUUUGGCGGUAGUAACAAACAUAUCGACCCUGAGGACGACAUUGACGCAACGAAGCGUGCAGUUACGAACAUGUUCGUGCAGCAAAAAGACCAGCCUAACAUUGAGAGAUUAGUAUUCCACAACUGGUCGAAAGAUGAGUUUGCAAAGGGUGCGUGGUUUUUCUCAUCUCCUGGCUUCCUCGCGAAACAUCUGGAUCAUAUGCGGGAGAGGCAUGGGAAUGUACUGUUUGCGAACUCGGAUUGGGCACUUGGUUGGAGGAGUUUCAUUGACGGUGCGAUUGAGGAAGGGACGAGGGUUGCUUUUGAAGUGCGAAAAGAAUUGACGGAGUCACUGGACCAUGGUGGGAAAAGCAGUCUGUAA